GUUGUCUAUGGGGCAGUGGUGUCAAACUCAAUUGCACAGGGGGGGGGGGCAAAGUUAUGCCAAAAUCAUGGUUUGGGCCUGAAGUUGUGAAAAUAGUUUCCAUUGUAUUAAUAAGACUCAUAGAUCACCAAAAAUAAACAAUAGUUUUUUUUUUGUUUGUUUGUUUUUUUAAUUUUAGCUCUGUGUCUCAGCCAGAGUCCAUAUUCUGCGAAAAACGGAUCCCUUCUUUCUCCGCCUCGCGCGGCAGGCGGUCCGCGGUGACGCGCGGCGAAGCGGCAGCUGAGCGGAAAAGGCGGGAGAAGCUUCCGCGCGCGCGACAGAACAGCAGAAGCAGAAGCAGCGCACAACAGUCAGUGCGGGAGAUGGACGAUAAGUUGAUCUUGGCUGUGUUUCACUACCCAGAACUGUACAAUGCCACUUUACCGAAUUACCGCUGCACGGAAAGUCGGGCGAACGCCUGGAGAAACAUCGGCAAAGCGCUCGGUCUCCCACCUGAAGACUGCAAAAGAAAAUGGAAAAACCUGAGAGACCGAUACCUCAAGGAAGUUCGAAUGGAGACCAAGAACAAGAGGCAAGGUGUCUUUGUGCAAAGCAAAUGGAGAUACAGACAGUCCAUGAACUUUAUUGCCCCCUUCACAGGAUCAAGGGGCACUGGGGCUGACACCUGUGGGGAACAAGACCAGGAGAAUUUUGAUGAGUUUGAGAGUCCAGAUGGAGAAGCCGCCAUGCUGGAGCCAGCAAAGACUUUACAGAACAACUUGAAGCUUGCUGUGAUUCCGCCCGAAUCCAAGUCUCAGGCGGUGUUCGUGACCCAACCGUGUCUGGACCAUCAGGGGACUCAGCUGGCUGCGAAGAUGCCCCCUGGCUCACAGGUGACCCCACAGAGCAACGCGGGCCGUAAGCGCAAACUAAUGCCGGAGACGGGGUCGCCCCCUUCCCCCUCUGGCACUCACUCCCCCACCAAGUGGCUCGUGAAGGAAGACGGAGUCCCGUUCGGCUCCAGGCCGCGGGACGAGGACGAGCUUUUCCUGCUGAGCUUCGUUCCGGCUCUGAAGCGGCUCGCCCCGCAAAAACGCUGCGAGACCAAGAUGAAGAUCCAGCAGAUCAUGUACGAGGCGGAGUUCAACGUCGCCCUGACGGAGCUUCAGGAGAAAAAAGUGGAAGCGUGAACUCGAAAACCCUCCUCACUUCUUAUUUCUUCCCUUUCUUUAGAUGGAAUCACGUUAUUUAUUGGACAAAUCAAGAUUUUGGAAAAAUAAAGCAGAAAAAAAAAACUCGAUUUUUCAUAAAGCUUUACUGUCAUUGAGGGAUAUACACAUUUUGCAAAGUUACUACAUAUUUAACAGUAUUUUUGUUUUGAGUCAUGUACAGUUUGUUUUUACAUUUAAUUACAGUGAAACAGUAAAAGUCAUCCAAAAUAAAAGGGAGAACGUGACUUUAUCACGGCUGUACAAAGCAGACAAAAAAGUCGAAGUUUGUAAACAUCCAAGAGUUAAGCAGACAAAAAAAACAUUCUUUAGGUUGUGACUAAAAUCAUUCAUUUACAGUUUGAACUUCACAACCUGAAACUAUCAUGUCAAAAAACAAGUGUUUGUUGCAUCUAAGGGGCUUUAAGAAAUGACUUUUUUUUAAAUUGGAGUAAGUUUUUUUGACAGAUUUGCAUGUGUAGAUUUUUUUUUAAUAAUUUCUGAUUAGUUUAAGUUAAUUAUAUAUUAUAAACUUUGUAAGUUUUGAACGACCUGAUAGAUAACAGUUUCAUUUUUGCCUAAAGUAGAAAUGCUAAAAAGAUCUAAAAAAAAAAAAAAAAAAAA